AUGGGCGAUACCCAGAUGGGCUCACAUUUACCUUCUCCUGCUCUGACUACGUCGCUCAAUAAUUUGUUGCGGGCUGAGAUCGCAGAGGUCAAACGGGAGAAAGAGGCGCUGCAGUUGGUGAAUGAGCGCCUCAAGACGGAGAACGAAACAUUGUUGGCUGAGAACGGCGUACUUCGUGGCGCUAAUGAACGUCUUACGCGGGAGAUUGAGGAGUUGAGGAGUCUGAGAGAUAACGGGCUAUUACAGGACCUGUCCGCUUCGUCACCGCAAGGGCUUAUCCCAUCCGGAGAGUUGGCGGAAAAGCUGGCGCAGAAUAUGGCAAACGUCUUUGCCGGCAUCGAUGCGGUCCUGGAGGAGACGAAACAACGGAAGUUCGAGGUGUUCGACUAUCAGUCGGAGGGCACCGGAGCCCCGCGCGGCCAGUCGUCCAGAGUCAACCCUUCCGCUCACACUUAA